GAGACGACUAUACCUGGUCAUAUAGAACAGAUGGUAUUAAUUCUGGUACAGGAAGAGAGAGAGCAGCUAGAACCCGGAACCACAGGACCUUGUCUAGAAUAUCUCCUUCAUCACAAAUUACUAGAUACUCUUUAUACUCUCGGCAGAACAGACCACCCUCCUGGUAUGAAACAAGUUAUUCUGGUAUUUUUUACCAAGUUAUUAUCGAGAAUAGAACAUCCAUUACUACCCCAUAUCAACGUACAUAGAGCUGUUCAGAGAUUAGUAAAGACUUGUGGUGAGGUAAGAGCUGGCCCAACAGAAAAAGAAGAAAUAGAAUAUUUAUGUACAGUUUGCUCUAAAAUUAAAGCUGAUCCUCAUCUUGUAAAUUUCUUUAUUGAGGUAGGAACAUUUUAUAUUUUAGUUUUUUUUUCUAUUAUUUAUAUGUCUCACUGCAGACUUACAUGGAAUAAGAGUGAAUUUUUUUUAAUAAGAUAA